AUGGAGAAGCAGGUGACUAAGAACAGCAUGGAUGCUCUUCCUCCAGUUCAGGUGAUGGCCGGAGGCGAAGAACAAGAUCCACUGAUUCUAGUGGAUCGGCGCAUCAAUCCGGUUGAAGGCGGCCGCGGCGGCAGCAUUGUUUCUGCCAAGAUGAACCUAAGCCUGAAGAACUGGCGGGUCCCCUAUUGGCUCAUUGCAGGUUGCGUGAUCGUCAUGACCAACCACAUCCACGCUGCCCCAAAGUUUAUCCCUGUAGAGCUAGCUAUGUUCGCAUUAUUCCUAUGUGGCACUGGACUCGUGUUCCUCGCCAUGAAGAAGAUGAUGUGA